CUGCCGGCCGGCAUUAGCGGCUGGGCCCUCGCCCGCCACAGCCAGGCCAUUGGCCCGCCCAGCGAGCCAUCCAGCUUGGCGGGAGACGACCUUCGCUUCAUGCUCGUCCAUACUCUUUAUACCUCCAGAGUCCCCGCCGUGCAAGGCCUUGGACACUCUUUGCCUCCUCUUGCGAUUGCUUGUGUGACAUUCGGAGAAGCCUUUGGUUGAGUGCGAUUGCUCUUGGGCGGUGCCGGCGUCGUCGUCCACACCCAGCUUUUAUUUUCCGAGCCCCCACGACGUUCAGAUCGUCGUAGUCCUCUGGGUCUUUUUUUCCUCCGGACUGCCGAUCCGUAAACGGGAAUUAUUCUUAGCAUCAAGCAGCAUUGGCACACGGCAUCGCUCUUGUCAUCGUCUAGCGAGCUCUUGGGGACGCUGCUGGUGAGUGUCAUCUUGGUUACCGCCGUUCGAGUGACACGUUAAAGCAGCUAAAAGCUAAGUUCCGAAUGAUAUUGUGUUUUUGUUUUGUUUUUGCGACUUCUCCUGUGUUUCCGUCGCCGCCAUAAGGCCCUGCUUGCUUCUGUCGUCAUAGCUCUUUCGCGACGCGAAUCCGUUGAAUUUUUUUGAGACGGACAACCGCUGACGCUCUUUGUUCCGCAGAGAAUCUACCGUCACCUUCUUUGACCUUCUCUGAAAUAUUAAAAAGAAUAAAAAUAAAAACUGAACCUUUUCCUCUUCGGAGGUUCAUACAACAGACACUUAGACAGUUGGGAGCGGCGACUGGGCGCGACCAACCCACGUAUGCUACCGUGUCGAGCGCUCCUUGUGUCUAGCAGUCGCAGGAGCGUUGAGUACAGCCUACUCUCCUCCGAUCCCUCGUUGAAUCGCAGGAAAGAUCCCAUAAUUCCUACGUGAAGGAGCCACACCAUUCCGGCAGCGCCACGAGCCAAAUACGUUGAAAUCUCCGAACACUCGAAAGAGAAAGGAACUGCACACAGCCCAGAAUGGCGUGGGAACACCUCGAUAUCAACAGGCCCCAUCUGGUCUACAUUAUUCUCGGCGGCUUCACCAGCUUGUUCAUGCUGUGCUCGUCCGUGAUCAAGGAGCGCCUGUACAUCGGUGAAGCUACCGUGGCCACCCUCUGCGGCAUCAUCUUCGGACCCCACGCCGCCAACCUGAUCAACCCUCUAGAGUGGGGCAACACGGACCAAAUCACCUUGGAGUUCUCACGCAUUGUCCUGGUGGUUCAAUGUUUCGCUGUGGGUGUCGAAUUGCCGAAGAAUUACAUGGAAAAGCACUGGAAGAGUGUCACCCUCCUGCUGGUGCCUGUGAUGACUUGGGGCUAUUUUUUGACUUCAUUGUUCAUCUGGUGGAUGUUUGGGCACCGCCUAAGCUGGCUGGACAGCCUUUGCAUCGCUGCCUGUGUCACGGCCACGGAUCCCGUCUUAGCCUCUUCUGUUGUUGGCAAAGGCAAGUUCGCCAAGAGGGUUCCAAAACAUCUGAGAGACCUGCUCUCGGCUGAAUCUGGCUGCAACGACGGCAUGGCUUUCCCAUUCGUCUACCUUGCUAUUUACCUCAUCCGAUAUAGGCCUGAUGCCGGGAAGGUCAGUUUCCACUGGAUUUGUUACACAAUUCUAUACGAGUGCAUCUUCGGUGCCGUUUACGGUGUGAUCGUGGGUUAUGCCGCACGACGAGCAAUUAGAGCCGCACACGAGCAUGACCUGAUCGAUCGGGAGUCCUUCCUCGUCUUCUACUUUGUGCUGGCGCUUUUCUGUGCUGGGUCUGGUUCAAUGCUUGGUAUGGACGACCUGCUCAUCGGUUUUGCUUGUGGUGUGGGCUUCAGUAACGACGGUUGGUUCCAGGAAAAGACAGAGGAGUCACACGUUUCCAACGUCAUUGACUUGCUUAUCAACCUAGCGUUCUUUGUGUACUUUGGAACAAUUAUACCUUGGGAGCAGUUUAACUCUGACAUUCUGGGCAUCUCACCGUGGAGAUUGGUCGUCGUUGGCAUUCUCGUGCUGCUGUUCCGCCGCAUUCCGAUCAUGCUCCUCCUCAAACCAGUCAUACCGGAUAUAAAAACAUGGCGCGAAGCACUUUUCGCGGGGCAUUUUGGUCCUAUUGGCGUCGGCGCUCUCUUCGUCUCUAUCUUGGCUCGUGCAGAGAUGGAAACCGAGGGCACUACGCCACUAGCCGUGCUCCCAGAGCCUGGUUUUGAGCAUAUGAACAUCAUUGAAAUGAUCUGGCCAAUAACAACGUUCCUCGUUAUUGUCUCGAUUGUCAUUCAUGGCUCGUCUGUUGCGGUCUUCACUCUCGGAAGGCGCAUCAACACUCUUGCAAUCAGCGUUUCGUUUACUAAAGGGAACGACGAAGGUCCCUCAUGGAUGGAGCGACUCCCGAGAAUCCAAUCCCGGUCGAAAAGCUCCAUGUCUCUCAGACGUCCUGAUGACACCGAGUCUGACCUUGACGAGAAACUUGAAGAAGGCAUGCUCUCGCCAAGUGCUAUCCCCAGAAACUUUUUGCGCCGACUAAAGGAUGACGAUGCCCCCAGCCGAGCAUCAAGUGUCAAAGCCUCGAGGAGAAGAAAGAAGUGGGAUGCCGGGGUUGGCCCAGGUGGACCUGUCAGCCAGAGUGCUAUCACACCCGCACCAAGGCUCAAUUCUGAACCUGAGAACGGACAGUCGGAAUCUGAGACUUUGGUUCUAGGAGGUGACGAAACCCCAGGUAGUCAACGCAAGCAUGCCUCGGAACCAGAAGUGGAGGUAUAUCGUGAAGGAGAUCACGACAUUGUUGAGGACGAGGAUGGAAAUGUUCUAGAAGUGAGAGAGGUGAAGCAGAGCGAGAGUGAAGAGGAAAGAGAUGAACAUAUCAUCGAAGACGGCAAGAAGCUGAUUCGCGACAAGAAUGUGGUGCACGGUACAGCGCAGACCGAGCACGAGCAGGAUGACACGAAAUCAGAUGAUAAGAUCGGGAAGGAAGCCAAACGAGCCACUGAGUCAAAAUCAGAUGCAUCUGCUUCUGCGGCUCAUGUUACAGGAUCUAGCUGGCUGGAGAAGACGAAGAAGUACAGUGGUAUGACUACUCUGAGUGGGCUCAGAAAGAAGGAGGAAGUGUCUCGACCGGAAAAGAAACAUGGCCCUGCACUCGCCUAUCAAUUCGGCAACACCAUCAUUGUUGAGGACGAAGACGGAGAGGUCAUCAAGAAGUACGACAUUCCAGCGCAAUCUCGACCUGGUGCAGACCGAAAGACGAGUUUCCUUGAUCAGACAACCAGGCGUAACCUCGAACGCAUGGGUACUUGGGUUGGCAUGGGCCAUCGCAAGCAUCCAGGUGCUGACUCUGAAGCUGGCCCUUCAUCUCAUGAAGGUGGGGACAAGAAAUCGGCAGAUGACGGCGACGAUGAUGAAACUAUUCGUUUCACCCUUGGCGGUAGCGGGCGCCGCAUGAGCAAGGCCGACUUCAUCCAAGCUGUGUCCCGCCUUGAUCCAAAGACACGACAGCGCAUGAUAGACGAGUCGGACGCGCCAGACCACAUCAAGCGGGAAGCUUCAAGCGCAGUGGCAAGUGAUACAAGCUCGAUGCGCCGCCCAGUUAAAUCUGCACAUUUGCAGAGGGUUCCAACGGAACAAGAUCGUCCUGCAGGCCCGGAUGGUUUGGCUCUGAUCGAUUCAAACGAGGAAAGCAUACCGUUCCAUCCUAUUUCUGACACGCUUGCGCGAUACAACCUCGGAGGCAGUGGAGGGGAAACCGCUGCACAGCGACGCCGAAGGCAGGCACAGAAAGUUAUAGCGGAAGAAGACAGCGAGGGACCCCAUGACGAACCUCGUGGACGGUCUCGAGGUGAUAGGCAUACCUCCGCCUCGCCGUCUCGUCGACCGACUGUAAAGCAUGGCCAGUCGUAUUUGGAUGAUGGUGAAACUGCUGCCGAAAGGAGACGGCGUCUCGCUGCGCUCGAAGGUGGUGGUGACGAUUCCUCCUCCGAGGAAGAAGAGGGUGGCCAGGGCUUCAGAGAGAUCAGACCUCGAGGUGCGCCAGCCGAGCCCACCAAGCCGGCACCGAGCCACCAGCGAGGACCAAGCAUCCGUUUCGCCGAACCCAAACCACAACAGAGCAGCUCUUCCAAUCAAGGCCAGGGCCAAGGUCAAUCACGCCCGUCGUCAGGCGGUACCUCCAUGCGCCUCAGGUGGGGAUCGAAUGUUGGCAAGAAGCCAAGUGGGAGCAAAAAAUGAUUUUUUUUUCUUUUGAUAUCUAUCCGAUAUCACAGCGAGCAAUGUAUCCGUGGUGGUAAUGAAUUUGAUGCAAGGCAUGAUCUUGGCAUUGGUGAAUAUUUUUCAUUAUAGGAGCUAAAUCCACCGCCUACCAUAUUUUUUUUCCCCCUCCUUCCUCUUUCUCUUCCUCUCUUCGUUUCCCGAGGAUGUCGCAACAAACGUCUGCUACAAUUUCUCAGCAGAGCGCAUCGAGAUUGCGGAUGAGGUUCUUGGAAUUCUUCAGACUUACGAAGCAUUUCAGCCUACAGUUC